AGGCCCCUGCCAUGGAGCCAUGUGGUGUAUGUGUGGUAACACCAUGUCUGUGCCUCUGCUCACCGAUGCUGCCACCGUGUCUGGAGCUGAGCGGGAAACGGCCGUGGUUAUUUUUUUACAUGGACUUGGAGACACAGGGCACAGCUGGGCUUACGCCCUCUCCACCAUCCGGCUCCCUCAUGUCAAGUACAUCUGUCCCCAUGUGCCUAGGAUCCCUGUGACCCUCAACAUGAAGAUGGUGAUGCCCUCCUGGUUUGACCUGAUGGGGCUGGGUCCAGAUGCCCCAGAGGACGAGGCUGGCAUCAAAAAGGCAGCAGAGAACAUCAAGGCCUUGACUGAGCAUGAAAUGAAGAAUGGGAUCCCUGCCAAUCGAAUCAUCCUGGGAGGCUUUUCACAGGGCGGGGCCCUGUCCCUCUACACGGCCCUCACCUGCCCCCACCCUCUGGCUGGCAUCGUGGUGUUGAGCUGCAGGCUGCCUCUGCACCGGGCCUUACCCCAGGCAGCUUAUGGCAGUGCCAAGGACCUGGCCAUCCUCCAGUGCCAUGGGGAGCUGGACCCCAUGGUGCCUGUACGGUUUGGGGCUCUGACGGCUGAGAAGCUCCGGUCUGUUGUCAUACCUGCCAGGGUCCAGUUCAAGACAUACCCGGGUGUCAUGCACAGCUCCUGUCCUCAGGAGAUGGCAGCUGUGAAGGAAUUUCUUGAGAAGCUGCUGCCUCCUGUCUAACUAGUCGCUGGCCCCAGUGCAGUACCCCAGCUCAUGGGGGACUCAGCAAGCAAGCGUGGCACCAUCUUGGAUCUGAGCCGGUCGAGCCCCUGUCCCCACCCUUCCGGACCUGUCCUUUUCCCACAGGCCUCUGGGGGCAUGUGGCAAGGCCUGGCCGGGCCUUCCUUCCUGGCCUCAGCCACCUGGCUCUGUCUGCAGCAGGGGCAGGCUGCUUUCUUAUCCCAUUUCGCUGGAAGCGGGCCCCCCUGGCAGCAGUAUUGGAGGGGUUACAGGCAGCUGGAGAAAGGGGCCCAGCCGCUGACUCACUCACUCAGGACCUCACUCACUAGCCCCGCUUUGGGCCCCCUCCUGUGACGUCAGGGUUUGGCCCAUGGGGCCCUCCCAGGCCCCUGCCCUAACUGAUUCUGCCCAGAUAAUCGUGUCUCCUGCCUCCACUCAGCUGCUUCUCAGUCAUGAAUGUGGCCGUGGCCCCGGGGUCCCCUUGCUGCUGUGGGCUCACUGUCCCUGGGCAGGAGUGCUGGUGAGGAGGUGGAGCCUUUUGAGGGGGGUCUUCCCUCAGCUGUUUC